GUGAAUGUUGAGACGGGAAUUAAGGCGAAAUAAAGGCGAUCCUUGUGAAGGUUAUGGGGUGCACGGCUUGAACAUGGUCCUCUCGAGACCCCCGCUCCAACACACACACACAUACACGCGCGCGCUGGAGCACUGCGGCACACUGCGUGCAUUUGCAGGCUGCGUUCAAAGGGAGAGCGGAAGAUAGGAGGAGGGGAAUGACUACAGCGAGAGAGUAGGAGGGGGAGGACGGUUUCCUUGCUGAAACACACGCCACAAGAACACACCGGGAAAAAGACGAAGGAAGAGGGGGGAAAAGGAAGCCUCCGAGCAGCUCCACACACACAACUGCGGGCGGACAUGGGGGCACCGAGGGGCUCCUGACGCGGAUCUGACUCAACCUCUUCUCGAGCGGCGAGUCUGGAGGAGGAGAAGGGCGAGCUGGAAGACAUGUCGAGGGCUCCCUUCACGUCUUGAGGUUGCGGUCGGAUGGUAUCGCGCAAAGCCAGCUCAGAAGCGGAGCCAAAUGGAUGUAGUACGCUAGUAGGGUCCGUGCCGAGCCGCCAUCGUUGUGAUCGGUGUUUGUUUAAUUGGUUUGUUAUGGUCGGGAGCGGAGAAGGCCUCUGAGGCGUCCAUGCAGUAAACGAGCCCACUGCCAGCUCCCUAACUCGGAUUGUCUUAGUGCUGCUCAAUUUGUUGUUAUUCAACUCGGUAAGAGCGGAAAGGGGGCACCGCGAGAGGCUCCUGGGUUUUUGGUUACCUGAAGCGCGCACGCUGCUAACACCGUGUUUAGCUCGAGGGAGCGGACAAAAGAAGGGGUUUAAAUGUUAAUGUCGACCGACGUCGCCUCCAUCAUGCUGCCCGUGUCCCGAGGACUCCUGGACCGGGAGAGAGAGUUGGACUCCCUGGCCGGGGUGCACCAAGGCCAGGGCGGCGCUCCAGCUGUUGUCCGGGGGAUGAAGCGAGGAGACCCGGAGCCCGACGGACAGUCAGCGGCGGCGCUGGUCGACUCAGCCGGGGCGGAGUGCAAGAGACCCCGGAUCGACGGCGCAGUCGGGAUCGGCGAGGUGGGCCAGAACAAUGAGCCUUUGACCCUGGGUUACCAUGGAUAUCCACCUCAUAGUCAGGGCUCACAGGAUAGUGCUGGUGGUCAAGAGGCACUCGUGCCUCCACCUUUCUCUGCUUUCCCCCCACCUCCACCACCGCCACCCCAGAACGGUCUUACCCUGGAUUACGGCGGGAGUCUGUAUGCAGCCGGGGCCGUCCAGGGACCCGUGGAAGCCGGUGGACCUGCUAACGGAGCCGCCAACGCUGCAAACAGCCUCAGUGGGCAAUCGGACGUGUCCUCUCAGAUCGACGGCCAGUCUGCGGUCGGCUCAGGUGGGGGAGGAGGCGGCAGCGUCGGGGACGAUUCGGAUGCCAAGGGGACGCCCAAACGGCUUCACGUGUCCAACAUCCCCUUCCGCUUCAGAGACCCUGACCUGAGGCAGAUGUUUGGGCAAUUUGGCAAAAUCCUUGACGUUGAAAUCAUUUUCAAUGAGAGAGGCUCCAAGGGCUUUGGUUUUGUGACGUUUGAGACAAGUGCAGAUGCAGAAAGAGCCCGAGAGAAGCUCCACGGCACGCUUGUGGAAGGACGUAAAAUUGAGGUAAAUAAUGCCACAGCACGAGUGAUGACCAACAAGAAGAUGACCACCCCGUAUGCUAACGGAGAGGGACUCGCUGCUCUUCCAUACGCUGGAUGGAAGCUAAGCCCCAUGGUGGGAGCCAUGUACAGCCCUGAGCUCUACACAGGUAUGACAACAGUUCCUGGGUUUCCUUACCCGGCAGCAGCUGCAGCAGCCGCCACCACGGCUGCAACCUUCCGCGGCGCUCACCUCCGAGGCCGCGCCCGGCCCGUUUACAGCGCAGUGAGGGCAGCUGUGCCACAAGCAGCCAUCCCCACAUAUCCUGGUGUGAUGGCCUAUCAGGAUGGGUUUUACAGUGCUGCGGACCUCUAUGGCGGCUAUGCAGCGUAUCGGUACGCCCAGCCGGCUGCAGUAGCCACUCCUGCAGCAGCAGCAGCCGCAGCAUACAGUGACAGUUAUGGACGAGUUUACACCGCAGACCCCUACCACGCUGCGCUCGCCCCCGCAGCUUACGGUGUUGGAGCCAUGGCGACGCUGUACAGAGGAGGCUACAGCAGAUUUGCACCUUACUAGAGGCACAUUUACCACAAAAGACCUCCCCCUCCUGGCGUGCAAAGUGCACUGCAUCCCACCACAACUACCUGAUAUUUCAAAUCCCAUCCCACAGAGGUCCAUCACUUUCUUCUAUACGCUUCUACAGAAAUAGAUAAAGGCUGGUUUGAAGACCGACAGGUGGUGCAUAACAUUAGAGAAAAGACUUGGAUGGCCACCUCCCCUAUUGCACGGCUGUACUAUAGUUCCCCCUCUCCUUCCCUCAGCAGCACAAAACUGGGGGAUUGAAACCAGUUGUUCUUCCAAAGGCUGUUAUGAAGCUGGACUGUGGAGAUGCAUAUGGCUGUGUAUGUUGUGCCUGCCACUUCCUCGAGGUUUAAGGACGAAGGUGAAGAGUUACUAACAAGUGGAUGACAACUUCCACUCGCGAGCUCAGUGAAAAUGGCGGACAGUUUUUGACGCACAGAGGCAUUGGAAAGAAUGAGGAGGGAGGGAAGGACAGCCGGACCGUCCCUCCGUUCUUCUGUGGAAAUGGUAAAACCUUUAAACUUAAAUUGUUAUAAUAUGCAAAAAAAAUUAGUUUAGAGAAAACUUUACCAAAUUAUCGCUGUAAUUAUGAUGGUUUUUAUUUGACUUCAUCAAGCAGCAGGUUUGUAGUUUCCAUCAUGGUCCAUGGUGCGAAACCGAGAUGAUUCACUGCGACAAUAUAGUCUCACCUCUGCAGAACACUACACCCUCCUCUGACGUUAGCUGCAUCACCCUGAGCCCCUCUUUUGGUCCGUAUUUAUUAUCAAGUAUUCCUUCCCUCUCCUUCUGUUUUUUUUAGUUGUGUUAAUCCAACACUGAAUGAGUCUUCCUGAGAAAUAAGUUGUGUCUGAAAUGUUGCUAGCAGCAAUUACCGAGCAAGAGAGAUUCUAUCACCGAGUAAAUAGUCAAAUAUUUAAAUGCAAAACACCCGAUCCUGUUUUGUUACCGUUGUAGUCCAAAUGUGGCUUUUUGUUUUUGUUCCAAAGAUUUGUAGAAAGCACAUUUUUCGUGUAUAAAUAUAUUUACAGUACAUUUUCAUAAUUCUUGAUAAUCAUAUUGCUGUCUUUUUAUUUACUGGGUUAUUUUUAAAUAUAAAUAUAUAUCUGUAAGUGUUGUUUCUUCUGAUACGGUGAAAAUUAGGUUUGUUUUUAAACGACAGUUAGUUUGUUGAGCCGGAAUCAUACCUCUGUUGGUAUGCAUGCAACACUACCAGACUUUUGUCCUCUCCGUCGAUUCUUCAAUCCAGAUGUUUUUGUUGUUAUUUUUGGGGGAUCUGCUAGCAUGACACUCUUAUCACACUUGAAGAAACACGGCAACUCUCAAAAUGAUCAUGUUACGUUGUUCCCAUGAUUAUUCAGCUCCUUACAUUUCAAUGUAUCAAAAGUGUUGUCACUCACAUUGAGGUCAAUAUUCAGACUUGGUGACAGGGAAUGUCUCGGAGGAGAAUUUGAUCUCAGUGGUGUGAAGAAACUGGCCUGUUUGCCCGCAGGUUUUAUUAUUAUUAUUAUUAUUGUUAUUAUUAUUAUUAUUACUAGUAAACGUCUUGCUCAUUUUCUCCAAAAGAUAAUAAUGUAGAACAUGUUCAGGACAGAGAUUAAAAAAAAAAAAAAAAAAACUAGCCAAAGAUGCUAACUAUUUUCAGCACAUUUUUGGUUAAAAAUACAGAUGUGGAACGACAGUUGGCAUGGACAAACAAGCAUGAGUGAUGCUUCUCAAGUGAAAUUGUUUUUGCAUGAAUCUUGUAUGUUUUCAUAUUUGACUUGGAAAGCAUUUUCAUGAUUCCUUACCUCUUGGCUGCAUGAAAAUGAUAGGCAGCUAGCUGUCGACACAAAGAAGAGCACAGGGCUGUUUUGGCAACAAAAAAAAAAAAAUAAAGAAGAGAAAAAAAAAAGACCAAAAUAAGAACGUUGGCUGCCUCAUGAGUCAUGUGGCAGCUUUAUUUUCCUCAUUUUGGUUCUAUCGCCUCUGUAUUAUAGUAAACUAUGUGGUCAAGUCUUCAUAGUUGCUACAGUUUCUCAAUGACCGGUCGUCUUCUUUGUCAUGUCGAAAUCCUUCCUUGACUGCCAUUUUGCUUUUGUUUUUGUCAUUGAAUGUCCUUAUAAAAUGUUUUAUAUAAAAUGUUUUGUUGUGAUCGAG